GGUGCGUGGCUCUGACUCUCUCAGUUUACUUGAGCUCGAGAAACGGUUCGGCUACGCCAGCCCGAGAGCAGAAAACAGACUUUACAUGGCGUGACAAGGGCACCGAAGAGCAUUAACCACCGCAGACUGCCUUAAACGUACGUUCUACGUGUUUAUAUUGAGUUUUGUGUCAUUUCCCGGCGAGCAAAAUGUCUCAAAGGGUUCGCAAAAACGGAUCUCCGACGUCUAACUGCAGCGGAGUGACCGCGGGAAACCCGAGCGGAUCCCCGGGGAUCAGCGCCGCUGGAGUGAGUUUACUGGGUCGCCUGCUGCCCAUGAAAGCCACGGUUCCCUUCCAGCUGAAAACGCAGACACCGCACCCUCUACAGACACGGACAGUCCUCUCCACCGGUAACGGUAAAUGCCGCAGCCGGAGCCCCACGCGAUCCCUCUCCUCCUGUGCCUCAAACGUUUCUGCAGCCACGUCCACUUCCUCUGCGACGUGCUCACAGUUCAUCACAGCCACAGCUGUUUGCUCCGCUCCCUCCUCAUCUUCUUCUUCUUCAUCUUCUUCAUCAUCUUCAUCCUCAUCCAGAGCUAGCCCCAUUAUCGCUGGGCACGCGUCAAACCCCAGAGCGUCCCACGCGCAGGUACCUGUGCCAACCUCGUCAUCACCCUACACAGGUGUGCACCUGAGCCCCCAGUGCUGCUCCCCCUCUCAGCAGAUCAGCUGCAGCUCGGACACUUCCGCCCUUACCGCUCAUCUAUCAGCCUCUCCGUCUUCACCCUCGUCGCUGUGGUCUUGCGGUCACAGGGCCAAACCCCUCCUGACCCCUGAACAUGACAGACUGUCUCCAGAGAGGCUCAGUCCCAGCUCACCUGUCUGCACAGACAAGCAUAGACUUCCUGUGGCAGGGUCUUGGUGUACCACCAGCAAUAACGGUAGCAUUCGUCGCACCUCCUCUUUGGACGCACUCACGGCCCCUUACCUGUCUGGACACUGGCCCCGGGAUGCCAACCACGCCCCUUGUGCCCCUUGCAUGAGGGACAAAUCCACCCAGACCCCCAGCGCCUGGGCCGAUGAAUGCGGAGAGAAGAAGAGGGGCUGUCACAAGCGCUCAGCCUCCUGCGGCAGCACUGACCAGCUAAAAGAGAUUGUGAAGCUGAGGCAGCAGCUCCAGCGCAGUAAACACAGCAGCCGUCACUAUCGCGACAAGGAGCGCAAAUCUCCUUUCAAUGGCAACCAUGCUGCUUUCAGCCAGUCACAGGCUCCUAUUCCAAAGAGCGUCCUGAUCUCUAUUCCUAUCUCCAAGUCCUCCGUCUCUCGUUUCCGGAACAGUGUGGAGGGGCUGAAUCAGGAGAUCGAGCGCAUCAUUAUCCGAGACACAGGAGACAGAGAGGAGCAGCUUAUUCCUCAGGAGGCUCCAGAUGGGCAUCGGGCUCCUCCCCCUCUCUGCCAACGCAGUGCCAGCUCCCGCAGCAUUGACACACAGACGCCCCUGGGCACCACAGCGGGCAGUAACCACAGCAACAGCAGCAGCCGCUCUCAGUCCAUCUCACCCACGUUCCUGAACGUGCCAAGUGAGCCCUGCAGCGAUAGUCCAUCUCCCCAUGAGGACGAGACUCUGGCUGAUGCCUGUGAGAAAGAUCUGGCCCCCAGCUCACCCCUACCCAAAUACGCCUCAUCCCCAAAGCCAAACAACAGCUACAUGUUCAAACGUGAGCCACCUGAGGGAUGUGAGCGAGUCAAGGUCUUCACAGAGGAAACGCAGGCCAGGCCUCCACAGGAGAUCCCACAGUUCCUGUGCCCCGAUAGGAACAAGGUCAAUUUCAUCCCCAAGAGCGGCUCCGCGUUCUGCCUGGUCAGCAUUCCCAAACCGCUGAUGCCCACACAGGAGCUCAACAACCUCAAGAACCAGAGUGUCUCCCGUCUCACGCCCGAACCUGAGCUGAGAGUCUCGAGAAGAACCUGCAUGCUUUCCCAGCAGCCCUCAGGCUCCUCCCCCUCCUCCUGUCUGUCAGAGAGUUAGACACGCCCCUCAACGAGUGUCCUAGCAACUGCGUCCGCAUACUCUGCACAUUUCAGUAAUCGAAAAUGAUAAACAAACAAAAAAAAAAACUCUCAAGAGAACAAAGUGGUCAUUAAUAAUCAACGGCUUUCGUUGGGUUAGAUGAAAUGGUUGUCUUUUGCUAUGCACAUUUUUAGCUUUGUGCUUGUUCUCAAAGAACAAGGAGGCCAUUUUUGGGUGGUUUUGGGUUUGUGAUAAACGUAUUUAGCUUUUUUAUUAUUCCUCUACCUUUCAUAGAUACGAGUGAACCUGAGAAUGUGUCUCAGAUCGCUAUGAAAAUGAAUCUAAAUGAGCUUUCUCAAUGAUUCAGUACUGAGGUGGCUAUAUAGUUUUGUUUUUUGUGAGACGCAAUGUGUAUUUUAUAAUAGUUUGCCGUGGAUCACGUUUGCGAGAACCGUUUCUAUCAUACUAGGACCAGCACAUCAUUGAAUUCAAAUGAUGCCAUUUCAGAUGAAGAGACCAAGAGACCUGGUAGAAUGAAUUCUGGGUUGAUGAAGGUCUCUGGGACUGAAUUGUUUUCACAGUAGCAGGCCUUCUCCGUUCAGUCCGGACAAAAGCAGCAGGGGAACAUGAGGGACCAGUUCUCUGCUUUUUCUCCUCUUCCUUUCUCACUGGUGGCGAGGAGACAGAAAGGUGCUAAAGAUAAGAAUAGCGAGAGAGAUCGCCGCUUAACAGCUACAGGACGAGUGGCCUGUAAACCCAAUUCUUUUGUUCGUAUUCAAAUGCAUAUGGGUCCUAACUCUGAACUUCACCCCAGCAGGGAACAAAGUGAUAAAGUGAAAGGAGGGCUCGACAGGAUCUGGGUGGACAGACGGGAUGUUUUCUCUCCUCUCACAAUGAUUAAGCCGAUUUAGCUCGAGGAAUGUUUGAAAGAAGGACACGACAAGUACAAAAUUGACUUGCGAAAAUGUAACGCAUAAAUGUCCAAGUAGUGAACGAUUCAGAUAUCAAAACAUUCAUGUAAUGUUUCCUGUGAUAUCCAAUGAAAUAGUUUACAAAGUCAGAGCACAAUAUUGUCAUUAGAUUGAUUUAAUGCAUGCAUUCUGGGAAAUGUGUGUGUGUG